AAAACGCUAAAUGCUUGCUUUCCCUUGAAGUUUGAAUCCCUUUCCUUUGAAAUCCAUAAAUUUUUUUUGUUUUAGAGAAAAGAAAAUUAUGCAGCAGCCUUGUAGUAGCAGUGAAAUGCAAGCAAUGAAUCCUCUCUUAAACCCAUCUCACCAAAUCCCUCUUCAGGACCUUCAGAACGCCGGAAAUACGGGUAUCCAUCAGCAGAUCCAAAACCCACAGUUUGAUCCCACGUCGUCGCAUGAUGACUUCCUCGACCAGAUGCUCUCCUCGCUUCCGUCUUGCUCCUGGACGGACCUCAAGUCCCCUUGGGACCCACCUAAAUCCGACGAAACGGCGGGAGCGUCUAAUCCGGAGAACAAUGUUGGGUUUCCUUACGAUGAGAUUUUAGCCUUGAAGCUCCGGCAGCAUCAAAUCAACGGUGGAGGGAAUCAGUCGGCGAUGAAGAUGAUGAUGCAGCAGCAGCAGCAGCUGAUGAUGGCGGGACGAAUUGGCGCCGCCGGUGCCGGAGCUAUGGUGAGGCCGUCAGCUGCUGGUGACGUCGGGGGCCUUACGGUUCCGUUGUCCUUGGGUAGUACUCAUCCGAACGACAUCGUUGACGGGUCAUCCUUCAAAUCCGCAAAUCAUCAGGGAGCAGAGGGUUCGGUGCAAGCUCUGUAUAAUGGGUUCGGUGGUGGAUCCCUGCAUGGAACAAAUCAGGCAGCGCCGGCGCCGAACCAACCUCAACAUUUUAACCACCCCCAGCCUCAGGGAGGGUCCAUGCAAGCACAAAAUUUCGGAGCACCAGGUGCGGCGGUGGUUAACCAAGCUCCAGCUGCUAGUGGGUCAAGCGGUGGUGCCUCUGCAGGUCAGCCCAGGCAGAGGGUCAGGGCUCGUAGAGGUCAAGCCACCGACCCCCACAGCAUCGCGGAAAGGUUACGCAGAGAAAGAAUUGCAGAACGAAUGAAAGCUCUCCAAGAACUCGUCCCCAAUGCAAACAAGACAGAUAAGGCUUCAAUGCUGGAUGAGAUCAUCGACUAUGUCAAAUUCCUCCAGCUUCAAGUCAAGGUUCUAAGCAUGAGCAGAUUGGGCGGUGCUGCCGCCGUUGCUCCGCUAGUUGCUGAUAUGUCUUCUGAGGGUGGUGGGGAUUGUAUUCAGACGGCGUCAUCCAACGACAGCCUGACGGUGACAGAGCACCAGGUGGCCAAGUUAAUGGAGGAGGACAUGGGCUCCGCCAUGCAGUACCUACAGGGGAAAGGUCUCUGCCUCAUGCCUAUCUCCCUCGCCACUGCUAUCUCCACAGCCACAUGUCGUUCCAGGAACCCAUUGAUCAACAACGCUGCUGCCAACAACCCCUUGCUCAACGGGGAAGGACCUUCCUCCCCUAGCAUGUCUGUGUUGACGGUCCAGUCCGCCACCAUCGGCGUUGAUGGGUCUGUCAAAGACGCUGCCUCAGUUUCCAAGCCAUAGUAAGCCCCGCUGACUGACUUGGGUUAGGUUUCUACUUUCAACAAGUAUAUAGUACUAUAUCAAGAAAAGGGAAUGUUGUGGAGGGCCCCCCCCCUGAGUCUACAGAAAUAAGGUGGUCUCAUUGACAUGGUACUAAAACGACGCCCUAUUUAUGUAGACUUGGCUGCAACUAACUUCUCCAACGCCACUACUACCAACAACAAUCAAGAAUAUCACCCUACUCCCAAGAACUUUUUAUUAAUUAAAAAUUAGUUUUUUUUUUCUUUUAUUUAUUUAGGUUGUUUACAUUUUCAGCGUCUAUUUUGUUCUCUUUUAUUGCAUGUAAUUCUCUUGACAUAAAUUUGAACUCUCUGCUUUUUAUGAUAGAGAUGGAGUAGUGUCUUGA